CACAAUGGCUGAGAGCCUACUGCAGGCUUCCCAGCAACGCCGAACGAAAGCCAUGACGGCCGCCGCGGGUUCGGCGGGCCGGGCCGCCGUCCCUCUGCUGCUGUGCGCGCUGCUGGCGCCCAGCGGCGCAUACGUGCUCGACGACUCCGACGGGCUGGGCCGGGAGUUCGAUGGCAUCGGCGCGGUCAGCGGCGGCGGGGCAACCUCCCGGCUUCUAGUAAAUUACCCAGAGCCCUAUCGUUCUCAAAUAUUGGAUUAUCUCUUUAAGCCAAACUUCGGUGCCUCUUUGCAUAUCCUAAAAGUCGAAAUAGGUGGUGAUGGGCAGACAACAGAUGGCACUGAGCCCUCCCACAUGCACUAUAUGUUAGAUGAGAAUUAUUUCCGAGGAUACGAGUGGUGGUUAAUGAAGGAAGCUAAGAAGCGGAACCCUAACAUCAGACUCAUGGGGCUGCCGUGGUCCUUCCCUGGAUGGCUGGGACAAGGUUUCAACUGGCCUUACGUAAACCGGCAGCUGACGGCCUACUACAUCAUGAGCUGGAUUGUGGGCGCCAAGCAUCAUCACGAUUUGGACAUUGAUUAUAUUGGGAUUUGGAAUGAGAGGUCAUUUGACAUCAAUUAUAUCAAGGUUUUAAGAAGAAUGCUGGACUAUCAAGGCCUCCAGCAUGUGAAAAUCAUAGCGAGUGAUAAUCUCUGGGAGCCCAUUUCUAUUUCUAUGCUGCUCGACUCUGAGCUCUUGAAGGUGAUUGAUGUUAUAGGAGCUCAUUAUCCUGGGACCCACACAGUACAGAAUGCCAAGCUGACCAAGAAGAAGCUUUGGUCUUCUGAAGAUUUUAGCACUUUAAAUAAUGAAGUGGGUGCUGGCUGCUGGGGCCGCAUAUUGAACCAGAAUUAUAUCAAUGGCUACAUGACUUCAACAAUCGCUUGGAAUUUGGUGGCCAGUUACUAUGAGCAGUUGCCGUAUGGGCGUAGCGGACUGAUGACCGCUCAGGAGCCGUGGAGUGGGCACUACGCAGUAGAGUCUCCUAUCUGGAUAACAGCUCAUACUACUCAGUUUACUCAACCAGGUUGGUAUUACCUGAAGACAGUCGGCCAUUUAGAAAAGGGAGGAAGCUAUGUAGCUCUGACUGAUGGCUUAGGUAACCUUACCAUCAUCGUUGAAACUAUGAGCCAUAAACACUCUAAGUGCAUACGGCCCCUGCUUCCUUAUUUCAGCGUGUCGCACCAGUUUGCUACCUUUGUUCUUCAAGGCUCUUUUAGUGAAAUACCGGAGCUGCAAGUGUGGUAUACCAAACUUGGAAAGUCAUCUGAGAGAUAUCUUUUUAAACAACUGGAUUCUCUAUGGCUCCUCAACAGCAACGGCAGUUUCACACUGGAGCUGCAGGAGGACGAGCUGUUCACGCUCACCACCCUCACCACGGGCAGCAAGGGCAGCUACCCGCCGCCUCCAAAGUCCCAGCCCUUCCCAAGCGUCUAUGAGGAGGACUUCAAUGUCGAUUACCCGUUUUUCAGUGAAGCUCCGAAUUUUGCUGAUCAGACGGGAGUAUUUGAAUAUUUUAUGAACAUUGAAGACCCUGGAGAGCAUCGCUACACGCUACGCCAAGUUCUCAAUCAACGACCCAUUACUUGGGCCGCUGACGCAUCCAACACGAUCAGUAUUAUCGGAGAUUACAAAUGGUCCAAUAUGACUAUCAAGUGUGAUGUUUACCUAGAGACCCCUUACAAGGGAGGCGUGUUCAUUGCCGGAAGAGUAAAUAAAGGUGGUAUCUUCAUUAGAAGCGCCAGAGGAAUUUUCUUCUGGAUUUUUGCAAAUGGAACCUACAGAGUUACAGGGGAUCUGGCUGGAUGGAUGUUAUAUGCUUUCGGACAAGUUGAAAUCACAGCACAACAAUGGUAUACACUCACUUUAAAUAUUAAGGGUCAGUUCGCCUCGGGCCUGCUGGAUGGCAAGCCUCUCUGGACAGACAUCCAGGUGACUUUCCCGAAGAAUGGCUGGGCUGCGAUCGGAACUCACGCCUUUGAAUUUGCACAGUUUGACAACUUUCAUGUGGAAGCAACACCCUAAUAUUCACUGAGUGCUAGAGAUCACUCUUCAGAUUUUUGUUUUCCUUUCUUUUUGGUUUUGGUUCUGGUUCAGAACCAGUUCUUGUUUUAAUGGAUUGAUGUAUGAGCCUUUGGAGGCUAAAAAUAAUGAAGAGUAAAUGAGAAAAGAUAUUUCUGCUUGAUCCUGUGGAAAGUUUUUUGUUUUUGUUUUUUUAAACUAAUUCCAAGGGGAAGCAGAUGAAUCUUUAACAUUACCUGGAAUGCACUCUACUAUUCCAAUGGUACAGUGGUCUCAGCGGCAGGACUGGUUUGGGUGGUCCAGACCUUGGAGCCUCGGUGUUGAUGCUGAGAUUGCUUUCUUCAUCUUGUUUGUAAAGUGAUUGUGCAAGGUGGGAAUAACUUGAUUGUCACAGAGAUGUAUUUAUUAAUGCCGAUAUGUGUCUAAGUAUGUGGAUGUCCUUGUCUAAAGAUAAUGCUACCACACUAAGAAGCUGAACAACACUGGAAAUGCUGCUUUUUGAAAACCACUUCAACCUGUUAUUCAAAAACGACAUUCUGAAAAGUAUUUUUUUCUUUUCCUUUUUAUGAUGAUGCUUUAGAAUUAAUUAUAGAUGUUUUGAAUGGGAUAAUUAAAAAAAGUCUCAUUAAUAAACUACCUCUAAAGCUAUUUCUGCAAUAAUAAAUACUAGCAGAUUAAUUGGGUAUCUGUGUUUAUUGUUUUUUGUUUUAAUUCUUUCAGCUCCAACUUUAGCCCUAUAACUCUGUAACCCUCUGUUAUAAUGUUUCCCAGGUGGCUGGGAGGAGGAAGAAAAUGCUAUGUAGCCAAUGCUGUAAGUGGGUCUAAAGAUAAAAUUGAAGCAAAUUUUUUUGUCUCAUUUCAUUGUGCUUUUCCUGGUCUGCCUGCUCAUGUGUCACUGGUAAGAGACUAAAAAGAGCUAAUGAAUUCUUUUAUCUGCUUGUAUGCAGAAGAAAGGGAACAUUUAGCUAUUUGCUAGUUCAUAGAAUUGGAUCAUCCUCUAAUAUUUUCUGUGGUUAGAUGCAUUUAUUUCAUUAAACUCUCAUUGUAUUUAUAUUUAAGUAUGGGUGAGCAUAUUUGUCAUGCAGUAUAAUUUAUAUUUAAAAAUUAGUGUACCUCCUAAAAACAACUCAGUUAUUCAUGUGGAUAAAGUAACUCCUGGAAUUCUUUAUAAUGAAAGUUUAAAGCUUCAAUGAACUAACUCUUCAAUUUUGGAAUUCGUAGUGGUUUAAUAUAGGCU